GAAAAAAAGAGAAAGAUGGUCGACAUUGAGAGAGUUGUUCCUGUGGAUUUUCCAUGGAAGAUUACUGUUUAUGUGAUUUUUUGUUGGGUUCUUGCAGCCUUUGGUGGCUUAAUGUUCGGUUAUGAUAUUGGAAUUUCAGGUGGAGUGACAGCCAUGGAUGAUUUUUUGAAAAAAUUCUUUCCAUCUGUCUAUGAGAGAAAACAGCAUGCUAUUGAAGACAAUUAUUGCAAAUAUGACAAUCAAUAUCUUCAGCUCUUCACGUCAUCACUCUAUUUGGCUGCCCUUUUAUCCAGUUUCGUUGCUUCCAGUGUGUGCGAAAAAUUUGGUAGAAAGCCCACAAUUUUUGUUGCAUCGUUAUUUUUCUUGGCGGGGGCUGGCCUGAGCUCUGGUGCUCAAUACCUUUGGAUGCUCAUUAUUGGCAGGGUUCUCCUUGGUUGUGGUGUAGGAUUUGGAAAUGAGGCUGUUCCUCUAUUCCUGUCAGAGAUAGCACCAGUUCAGCAUCGUGGGGCUGUGAACAUUCUGUUCCAGCUAUUUGUCACCAUAGGAAUCUUGAUAGCAAAUCUUGUCAAUUAUGGCACUUCAAAGUCUCACCCAAAUGGAUGGAGAAUUUCCCUGGGGCUUGCAGGCACUCCAGCCUUGGUCCUAUUUAUAGGCUCCUUAAUCAUCCCUGAAACUCCAUCGAGCCUAAUUGAGCAUGGAAAAGAAGGCAAAGGAUUAAAGGCACUUAAGCAGAUUAGAGGAGUCGACGAUGUUGAUGCUGAGUUCAAGCAAAUUCAAUCUGCCUGUGAGAUAGCCAGGGAAGUUAAGAAUCCAUUUAAGAACAUCAUGAAACGAUCCAGUAUCCCCCCGCUAGUUAUUGCAGUUCUCAUGCAAGUGUUUCAGCAGUUUACAGGAAUCAAUGCUAUAAUGUUUUACGCACCUGUUUUGUUCCAAACUGUUGGAUUCAAGAAUGAUGCUUCUCUUCUGUCCUCUGUGAUCACUGGGUUAGUCAAUGUGAUUAGUACAUUGGUCUCGGUUUAUGCUGUGGAUAAGAUUGGGAGGAGAAAAUUGCUGCUUCAAGCCUGUGUCCAGAUGUUUAUUAGUCAGGUUGCUAUUGGGCUUAUUUUAAUAUUGAAAUUGUCAGCUACAGGAACGCUUUCAAAACCACUGGCAAUCAUUGUUGUGUGCCUCGUUUGCUUGUAUGUUAUGUCGUUCGCAUGGUCAUGGGGUCCUCUGGGCUGGUUGAUACCAAGUGAAACAUUCCCUCUAGAGACCAGAACUGCUGGGUUUGCUUUUGCAGUUAGCUCAAACAUGCUCUUCACUUUCCUCAUAGCUCAGGCUUUCUUAUCAAUGCUUUGUCACAUGAAAGCCGGUAUAUUCUUCUUCUUCGCCGCCUGGAUAAUAAUCAUGGGGUUGUUCGUCGUGAAACUGUUGCCCGAGACCAAGAAUGUACCGAUUGAUCUCAUGGCUGAAAAUGUCUGGAAGAAGCAUCCAGUCUGGAGUAAAUUCAUGGAUUGAUUUGGAUGACGACGACGAUGGUUAUUGUGCAGUAGCAUUAUUAGAAGAGCUAAACAAUUUACACAUUCUGUGCUUUACAAUAUCUACUUUUUUCUUUUUCUUUUUUUUGUAAUUUCAUAUUCGUCGAUAGAUAUGCAAGUUAAUAUGCUUUGCUUUUA